UCCUACAAGCACCAUUAAUUGUCCAUGCUUUUAAACUCUUCAAACCAUUACUGAAUCUUAGGUUUGUAUUUCAGUAAUCAUAUCUCAUUACCUCUCUUCAUCCACAAAAAAAGGUUCAAGCACUUCCUUCUAAAUGAGUCUUUCUUUAUCUCCUCCAUAAACAAGUAAAAAAUGCAAGUUUCUGAUCAUUUGCUAAGGUUUUCCACCAUUACUGCAACAUCAUAUCUUUUUAUUGCACCACUUGUUUCUUGCUCAUCUCAUGGAGAGGUUAUCAGCAAUCACACCAGCACUAACGAAAAUGGGCACAAGAUGAGUGAACAAAUGACAUCUUAUAUCGCUGUUCAUGGCCUUAUCCUAUGGGUUUCCAUGGGGUUCUUAAUGCCACUCGGUAUACUUACCAUUAGAAUGGCCAAUAAAUUAGAGGAAGGUGGAACAAGGGUUAAAGUUUUAUUCUAUCUCCAUGCCAUAUUGCAGACAGUUGCAGUGCUUCUUGCAACAGUGGGGGCUGUAGUGUCCAUAAAGAACUUCGAGAACUCAUUCAAUAACAACCACCAAAGAUUAGGCCUUGCCCUUUAUGGUGCCAUAUUGAUGCAAGCUUUGGUUGGGUUUUUCAGGCCCCCUAGAGGAAGUAAGAGAAGAAGUACGUGGUACUUAACACAUUGGAUUCUUGGGACAGCAACAUCCAUGGUGGGGAUCAUUAACAUCUACACCGGUUUAGAAGCCUACCAUAAGAAGACAUCGAAAAGCAGUGGCAUUUGGACCAUACUUUUCACAGCACAAGUCUCCUUCAUCGCUUUCUUUUACCUCUUCCAAGACAAAUGGGAGCAUAUACAAAAGCAAUUACCCAACUCACAGGCUUCUUCUCAGCAGCGAACCCUACCCUCUGGUCACCAAGAGAAUGCAGUGAUUGUGGUGACUCAAAGGGUUAACCAAAAGGUGUUGAUGCCUGAACCAUGCGCCAAAAGUAAUGCACUUAGGAAUUUGUUCGACUAACUUCGGAUUCAUUUUAAGGUUUUUAUCUGAGUUGGGAGUCAAUAUGUUUUCAUAUUCUAUUUUUUGAUGCCUUUGAUGCAUAUAGUAAAGCAAAAGCAAAUACACCCAGUCCUCGGUGAAUGGUUCAAAAAGUGGAGUAUGAUCAUCAUUUUUAUGUCAUGAAUACUUAUUUGUUUGUGAUGAAAAUUUGGAUUUUGGGGUUGGGGUCUAUAGGAU